AGGGUCUUCGCGGCGAAAGGCAUCUGGCAACAGUGAUCCUCCUCCAGUCAGCUGAUCGACGUCAACAAAGAUGGACCCGAAGUUGCGUUUUGAUGGAAAAGUUGCUAUUGUAACCGGCGCUGGAGGCGGUCUCGGCAAAGCUUAUGCCCUCCUGUUAGGUUCCCGCGGCGCCAAGGUUGUUGUAAAUGACUUGGGUGGCAGCAAGAAGGGUGAGGGAAGCAGCUCAAGGUUGGCAGACCAAGUGGUUGAGGAGAUUCGAAGUGCAGGUGGGAUAGCAGUAGCCAACUAUGACUCUGUUGAAGAUGGUGAUAAGAUAGUGAAGACGGCACUGGAUAACUUUGGCAGAGUGGACAUUGUGGUAAAUAAUGCUGGCAUCCUGCGUGACCGAUCUUUUGCACGCAUCUCAGACACAGAUUGGGAUCUGAUCCAGCGAGUCCACCUAAGGGGCUCUUUCAUGGUGACUAGGGCAGCCUUCCCUGUCAUGAAAGAGCAGAAGUUUGGCCGCAUCAUCAUGACUGCUUCCACGUCCGGCAUUUACGGCAACUUCGGCCAAGCGAAUUACGGGGCAGCAAAACUCGGUCUGCUUGGCCUGAGCAACACAAUUGCAAUUGAAGGACGUAAAUAUAACAUCCACUGCAACACGAUUGCCCCCGUGGGCGGAACGCGCUUGACGGAAGGCAUCUUGCCACCUGACUUGUUUGACCAGUUAAAGCCCGAGUAUGUGGCCCCUCUCGUUGCCUGGCUCUGUCACGAGGACUGCGAGGACACGGGCGGCCUCUUUGAAGCAGCUGGUGGAUGGUAUGGAAAGUACAGAUGGGAGCGCACCCAAGGUCAUUUUUGCAGGAAGUACAUAGAGGAUGAGGUGACCCCAGAGGCUGUUCGCGACAGCUGGGAGAAGAUCUCGGACUUUACCGAUGCCUAUCACCCUGCAAGUAACCAUGAAGACACGGGGAUAUUAGCUGCUGGUUUACAAGACUUGAAGCCAUGGAAGGAGGUUCAGCCCAAACCUGCAUCUGCAACAGAAGCAGUUACAUCAGGACCAAUGUCAGCUGUUGGCGCAAGAGUAGAAGCCACGAGCUUCACCUACACCGCCAAAGAUGUCAUCCUUUAUGCCCUCGGAGUGGGCGCUUCGGUGGAGGACGAGAAUGGCCUCAAGUUCUUGUAUGAGAAUGACGAAGACUUCACCCCCCUGCCCACCUUCUCCGUCGUACCUUCACAGGCGGUCAUGUUUGGCGGCAACCUAUGGAGCAAUAUUCCCGGAUGGACUGUUGAUUUGACCAAGCUUCUGCAUGGAGAGAUGUAUAUCGAGUGCGUGAAGCCCCUCCCUCCCUCAGCAACACUUAAGACAUCCUUGGAGGUGGUCGAUGUCCUGGACAAGAAAUCUGGAGCAGUAAUGAUUAUAGACACUCUGACAACCGAUGAGAGUGGCGAGACUGUGGCGAAAGCCCAGUGGUCAACCUUCCUGGUUGGAGAAGGGAACUUUGGUGGUCCGAGAAAGAGCAACCGCGUUGUGCCCCUCUGCGACCCUCCUAGCAGGAAGCCUGAUGCCACGGAGGAAUUCAAGACAGAUGUGGAUCAAGCUGCCUUGUACCGGCUCAGUGGGGAUAGCAAUCCUCUGCACAUCGACCCUUCCUUUGCUGCCAUGGGAGGGUUCCAGCAGCCCAUCCUCCACGGACUGUGCUCCUAUGGGAUUACCUGUCGCAUUAUCUUGAAGCAUUUCUGUGGCGGUGACGUCAGCAAGUUCAAGUCCAUUAAGUGCCGCUUUGCCAAGCCAGUAAUCCCAGGUCAGACCCUUGUAGUCAACAUGUGGAAGGAAGGGACACGUGUUUUCUUCACCUGUUCUGUCAAGGAGACGGGGAAGGACUGUCUGACAGGUGGCUAUGUGGAUAUUGUGGAAAACGGAGCGCCAGCCGAAUCCACAUCUGCUCCAGCUAAGCCAAAACUCGCCAGUGCGGCAGUCUUCCGCGAAAUGUCGCAGCGUCUGGCUGGCGAACCGGACAUGGCCAAGAAGGUUAAGGCCGUCUUCUUGUGGAACGUCAACUUGGACAAGAAGCCGGCCGGGCAGUGGACGGUUGACCUGAAGAACGCCCCGGGCUCCAUCUACGAGGGAGCGCCGCGCAAUGGACUCAAACCUGACGUCACCCUCACCCUGGAGGAUGCCGAUCUGGUUGCCAUGGUGACCGGGAAGCUCAAUGCCCAGAAGGCUUUCAUGUCUGGCAAACUCAAGGUCUCCGGGAACGUGAUGCUGACCCAGAAGCUACAGGGCCUGCUGAAGCCCCAGGCCAAGAUUUGAGGGGUUUAGGGGGGGCGGAGGAUGGGUUGGAAGGGAGGAGGGGUGAGGGGAGGAGGGGAGGAGGUGGGUGACGAUGCAUUUAUCUGUGGAGGGUGUCGGGGCAGACUGAUAGUUAGCUGUUAUAUUUUGAUAACUUUCCUUAUUAUAGAUUUGUAAUUGUCAUUAGUUGGACAUGCAUGCACAAACAUGCACACAUGCAUACGCAUAUACAUAUACACAUACACAUGUACACACAUACAUGCAUACAUACACACAUACACAUGCCCCCCCCCCCCCUCCCCAGACACACACACACACACAUUCUUAAGUAUACACAUAUUCACAAAGAUAUUGUGAAGAAGUAGGUUGUAACACUUUUUUUUUAUAUGACCCUUUUAAGUUGUUAUUAAGAAAUGUUAAGGCAACAUUGCUUUCAGAAGAUUUAUUGUAGAAUUUCAUAUUUGUUUGAGGUUUUAAAAUUUCAGUUAUCAGAUUUUAUUAUAAAAUUAAUUCAUAUAGUCAUAAUUAAUUUUAAAAUGCUGUAUUAUUUUAAGUACAAAAUGACCUAAACCUGUUCCUAAGGUUCCAGUAUUUUGCAAAUUUUUUUUUAGGAAAAGUUGAUAUAAUUUUAAACAUUUAAAUGCAUUUUUGUCAUGUUGUCAUACAAAGAGAUACACAUACAAACUUUUUAUUCAGUUUCAUUAUGUCUCGUGUAACUUAUGCAGUAUUCCAGCAGAUUGCAAGCGUUUCUCAGGAAUUUGUGUCAUUAAUCUGGGAUAUAUUGUGAAAUAUACUUCAUGAUUCGAAGUUAUGAAAUAAAGUUAUAUAGUAGCAACAAAGGAAAUUUAAAGAAGAUGCAAUAUGGUUAUAUUGUUUUUUGCAAAGAAAGAAUGGAAAAAGGAAAAGACAUGAUGACAUUUUUGGAACGAAUGUAACUGUAGAUUUUAUUUCCAUUUUCAAUAGGAAGUUACUUUGGCUGAAGCUGCUGUUUCACCUUUAUGAUAACAGCGUGGAAUGCGUUACUUUGGUUUUCCCCCAUUCAUGUCUCUUGGUGGCAUGUACCGUUGGCUGUAAUAAAGUAUGAAAUGGGUAUCAGCCUUAAUCUAGUGUUUUAAUACUAUAGAUACUCUCAAGAAGCUCAUUUCAUUGAUGUUUCUUGUUCAUGUAAUUGCAGCAAAGAAGUUUCGUUUCGUUCCUAUUUCUUAACAGUCUCGGUCGCUCUGUCAGUCACUUGAGCGUUUGCACAAAUUGUAAAUAUACCAAGAAUGAGUAUGAUAAAGAAUAUGACCCUAUUAGACAUCUGUCAGUUUGUGAAUGGUGUAUGUUUUGUGAGGAUAUUUGUCUCUUGUCAUGGCUUCUGAUCUUGUGAAAUCUAGUUGUUCUGGAGUUGAUGAAAAGCAUUUUGAGAAUUAAGUGAAUGAGUAGGAAGUAAAAAAAAGAAGAAGAAAAAAGUGAGUUUUAUAUUUUUCUUUUAGUUAUGUACUUGUUAGAUUUUAUGUAGGGAAAUUAAUAAAAUUCCAAAUAUGUU